CUAUCAGCGGCGUGCGUUCCGCGUGGAUAAGGCGCGCGUCCGAUGUAUCCACGCACGCGUGCACCGAGCCAGCCCGGCCCCGUGCGGGCUCCUGCCCCGCCUCCGGCCCCGCCCCCGCCCCCGGCCGGCCCGGCUCGGGGUGGAGCCGCAGCAGGACGCGCUGCCGCAGCGCUCCGGCCGGCUCUUCCGCUCCGGCAAGGGCUGCGGGUCCGGGGGCUGGGGGUGUGGGCAGGAGCCAGGGGCACCAGCACAGCUGCAGUGGGCAGGGGCUGCGGGUCUGGAGCGAGGGGCACCGGCAGCCGGGUGUGGGGUUUGGAGGGGUGCUCCAGGAUCUGCCCCCGCUCCCUGAGCCAGGACAGCCCCUCCCCGGGUUCGGGUGAGGGCGGGAGGUGCUGGGGACUGGACUGUGAUGUGACCUGGUUGUCUUGUCCCCAGGUCACGGUGCCUGGACAGCUCGAGGUGACCUUGGACACUGAGGGAGCUGCAGCAUUGAGGGAGCUUCUCUGCUCCUGGCUGGAGCACCCAGAGCCCCAACCUGGGCCCGGGUCCCUGGGGGAGGCAGGAUGGGGUGAAACCCCAGGGCUGAGGGAAAACCGGGCUCAGGCCCCCAAAAGGAGCUCCCUCCCCACCAGGAGCCAGGUUAUGUGCUAGGGCUCUGAGGAGAGGUACUGGGAGGCCUGGAUGCCGGUGCCUGCCUGGCUGUUCAGCCCCUGGAGCGAGGGGCUGGGAUCUCAAUGCGAACCUGUGGGGUGACAGGGCCUGGAUCUCUGUCCCUGGGCAGCUCUGAUGUGACAGUAGCACCCAGGGGGAAGAUCCUUUAUCUUCACUGUGCUAUUUCCUCACCUGGGGUUGGGGAACCAGUGCAUUGUUGAGGGAGACAGUUCUCCAGAGGCAGGGGUUUUCUCUGCAUUCGUGUAGGUUUUCAGUCACCAGCAUGCACUCCCAUACCUAGAAAUACACGAGUCACCUUGCCAGCGAGCCUCGCUCCCUGGCCUGUUGAUCAGCCAGAGCAGGGUCUCACAGGGACAUUCAGAGGCAAUGUCUAGUAGCCCAGCAUUUUUCCAAACCUGUGGCAUGCACCCAAAUGCACCCAGACCUGCAGGCUUUCCUUGUCAUGCUUCUCUCUCUCCACAUCCUCUUUCACUGUCCUUGGCAACGUUUCCACUUGGACAAAACUGGCAGUGGCUUUGCUUUGCUAGUGGCACUAGCUUUAACCAGCUAGUGGCUUUUUAGCAAGCUUGGUGGCUCUGGAAGGCCUCUUGGGAACAGACACUGGCAGUUUUUGUGGUUGCUGAGCAUUACUGUGAUCCUUAUCAAUGCUGCAAUCCCAGUCACUCCUCUGUUGUACCCACCUUGAGCCCUCUGUGCCCCAGAAUGGGCUGGUGAGCUGUUCAGGCAAUGAGUUUUCCUAGUGACUUUGGGCUGUUUUUUAUUUACAGGUAACCCCAGGCCCCUGUCUCGCUGCAGGUUCCCCUGACACAGAAGAGACCUGGGACUGGUCAGCAGAUGAAACCUCCUUGGGCUGCUUCCCCAGAUGAGGCCCUUCACUAGCGGCAGGAUAUCAAGGUCCCACACCAGACUUAAUCUGCCGCAUCCAGCAAGGGGAGAUGGAGCUCUGGGUCUGGGAUGAGGAGGAAGAUCAUUGUCUGAGGACUUGUCUCCAGCAGAUGUUGAGACAUUUGGCAGAGCUGAGCAGCAGCAGCCUCCUGAGGAAGGGCCUGCCUACCUGAAGAUGUUUCAGUCCAGAAGCCAGCUCCUCAGCCAACAGGUACAGAGAAGAGUGGGGACGCAAAGGAGCCAGGGAGGAUUUGAAGGGCAGAGAGACCUGAAGAGCCACAAGGUUCCUGGAGGGAAGGGGCUGCAUAUAUGUGAAGAGCCUGAUGACAGCUUUGGAGACAAACAGAAACUUGGGGCUCACAGGGGAACCCACUGGGGAUGGUAUAGCCAACCCUGUGCUGAGCCCAAGGAGAGCUCCUACCAUACAUGCCCUCUCCUCGGGCACCAGAGAAUGCACUCAGGGGAGUACCCCCACCUCUGCCCAGAGUGCGGGAAGAGCUAUGUCUCCCUGAGCGAGCUCCGAGUGCACCAGAAUGUGCACGUGGGGGAGCAGCUGUACCGCUGUACCGCGUGCAAGAAGAGCUUCACCAGGUGGGAUUACCUCCAAAGCCACACACGUGUGCACAUGCAGAAAAAGCCAUUUUCCUGCCUGCAGUGUGGGAAGAGCUUCACAGAUAGCUCUACACUCACACAGCACCAGCGCAUGCACACGGGGAAGAAGCUGUUCUCCUGCAGGAAGUGUGGGAAGAGCUUCACCAAGAACUCCAUGCUUACCACGCAUCUGCGUGUGCACACGGGGGAGAAACCCUUCUCCUGCAGCCAGUGCAGGAAGAGCUUCACUGAGAGCUCCAACCUCACCAAUCACCUGUGCGUGCACACGGGGGAGAAACCCUUCUCCUGCAGCCAGUGUGAGAAGAGCUUCACACAGAGUUCAAUGCUCACGAACCACCUUCGUGUGCACACAGGGGAGAAGCCAUUUUCUUGCACCCAGUGUGGGAAGAGCUUCACCAAGAGCUCCACAUUCAACAGCCAUCAGCGAAUGCACACGGGGGAAAAACCAUUUUGCUGCAGUCAGUGUGGGAAGGGCUUCAUACAGAGUUCCACGCUCAAACAGCACCUGUGACUGCACACGGGCGAGAAGCCAUUCUCCUGUGCCCACUGUGGGAAGGGCUUCAUUGAGAAGUCCAAUCUCACCAAGCACCAGCGCGUGCACAUGGAGGAGAAGCCAUUCUCCUGUGCUCAGUGUUGGAAGAGCUUCAAUCAAAAUUCAUUGCUAAUAAAGCACCGGCACUUGCACACAAGGGAAAAGCCAUACCGCUGUGCCCAAUGCCUGAAGUUCUUCCGGCAGAGCUCUUCCCUAAGCAAGCACCAGCGAACCCACAAGAGCAGGACAGUCGCAUAGAAUGGGAGACAGUUUCCCUCAUCCUCCCUGGGCAGUGGGAGUGAGGGUCCUGCACCUGGACUGUAAUGCCCCCAGCUCCCUCCUGCUUCCUGUGGGAUGUUGUGGUAGCUUCUGGCAGCAGCUGGGACAAAGAAGACAACAGGUAAGAGCUAGGUGAUGGAGCCAGGUAGCAGAGAGGAUAAAAGCUGGAGGGAUACAAAACCAAAGCUGCAUGGGAAAAAAGACAUCCUUUCUUGAACUAUUCAGUCCUAGGCUACUACCUGUGGUAGCAAGGCAACCCCUUUCUUUUCCUUCCUGUGACAUUUGGGACAUCACCAUUGUUUUUUGGGUUUUUUUACCAUACUUUUAUUAUCUUGUUUUAUGUUAACCAGGCAGGUCCCCAGGCUCCCACAGGAGAAGAAGUUUGAUGAGGUAAUAAAUGGAAUAUCCCUGCAUUGCCCAGGAGGCGCUACUUCACAGUCAGGGCGGCUAGGAUCUGGAACUAACUUCCAAGGGAAGUGGUGCUCACUCCUACCCUGGGGUCUUUAAAAGGAGGCUAGAUAGACACCUUGCUGGGGUCAUUUGACCCCAGCAUCCUUUCCUGCCCAUGGCAAGGGGUUGGACUUGAUGAUCUGCUCAGGUCCCUUCCAACCCUACCAACUAUGGUUCUCAACUACUUUCUUUAUCUUAGGGAAGUCCCAGGGGAGUUCACUGCUUUGCUUGUUACAUGGCGGGGGGGGAGGAGAUGGAUUCAGGAAAUAACUGUUUUUCAGCAUCCUGAGGACACCUAACCUCUGGCUCCCAUGAUGGGAACAUCACCACUGAGACCUUCCUUCUUCAUAAUCACAACCCAAGUGUGACUGCAGAAAGGAUUCUAUGAGUUGCAGAAGUCCCUUCCAGCCCUACUUUACUUUUACUUUUCUAUGACCUGCUAAUGAGUACGGUGCAGUUCUGAUCUUACCUACAGAACUGGUAGGAAAGGCUCUGUGUGCCCUGACAAUACUUGGCUACACCAGGAUUUAUUCCAGCAACACUUGUGAAAGUUUCCCUCUCAAUUAACCUGACCACGGCAUGGACAAGAUGCGGGGAAAGGGGCUGGGAAACUCUUAUUUUGGAAGAUGUGUUUUGCCAGAAAUGAGCAUCUGUCCAGCAAACCCCUUUCUAGGAGCAAAUUGGUAUAGCCUGGUCCCCUCCACUCUUCCAGAACAGAGAAUUGAGCAUAACCUAGCAGGAGAUGAGGUGAGGAUGGCACACUCCAAGACAGUGGAUCACAAUAAUCGUAAUCUCCAUACAACUCUAUAACCCUGUAACAUGAGGCCUAAAUGGGUGGGGUGGGAAAGGCCAACCAUCAACCAGCCAUCUGACCCCCGUCACUGAGGGAGUAGCAUACCUUCCCCCCCACCUCUUGCUGGGCAGCUCUUGAGCCAUGGCUAUGAUAGUGGCUGGGGACGGGCAUUCACAUAGCAACUGCAGCCCUCAAGAGAGGAAACCACUACCCUCCCCACCCCCCAGCCUUGGCAGCUGGCAGGAGGAGCCUAAGCCAGAGGGAUACUUGAAGCCCUCUUUGCCCCCUGCCAGACAUAUGGGAACCAAAGACCCCACAAGCAUCACCAGCCUCUGAGCCUUGAUAUCCCCAGGGAUACUAUCAGCAUUCAUGGCCCCAUGAGGCAGUGACAAGGAUGCAUGACUCAAGCAUCCAGCCCUUACGCAUCCUCAGACAAGAGAAAGAGCUCUUCCCCACAUCCCAUGCCUUCUGCUACUCAUGUUGCAGGCCUGCUCACUGUGGGAUGAGGGAGUGACCUAGACUUCCUGCCCCACAGCUGUGGUUGGCAUCUCCACAGUGGGAAGCACACUGGUGACAGAAGCUCCACUGGCUGACACACUGAGGGCACCUGGGUGAAGGCAGGGGGAACCCCACCAUAAUCCCACACCUGCAGGCUCAACUGCCUAUCCCUCUUCCCUAAACCCCUCAACUCUCCUCUCUCUCACUGUGCGCCCUCUCCUCAAACCCCAUUUGCCUUCAAUUCCAUGCACCAUUGCCCUGACUCCUGUGACAUCUCAGUGUCCCCAAAGCACUCGGUGCCUACUUUUCCUCCAUUAUUCCCUAACAGUGGCCCUGACCCUAACCUCCUACUGUCCUCUGCCCCCCCACAGUCAUCAGACCAUUGUAGCCAUCCUCAUUGCCUGAGGACCCCAAACUGUUGGCAGGGACUUUGGCAAAGGUCUGAGGUGAUGGGUGGGCAGGGGCCUUGUGGAGGGCCUAAUAGGGAUUAGGAAAAGGCCUCCCCCUUUCACAGCAUCUUCAGGAUUUGCCUCUUCUUUGAGACCUUCCAGGCUGUCUUUGUUCUGCAGCCUCCAGUCUCUGGGAAAUGUUUCCUGCCUUGGCUAAAGUCAGGAGAGUCCUGUGGGAAAAUUAUCUCCGUUUCAUUCACAAACUCAAAUUUUUGUAACAGAGUUACCUUCCCAGCCAAGUCUCUGCCUCCAGUAUUCCCCUGUCUCUGGGCAGUUCGCCCAUUCCACUCGCCUGCCAUGCCUUGAUGAAAAUCAAGUUCAGCUGUUACUUGAGUAGGAGACUGCCUUUUGUACGCCCUGAUGACUAGGGCCAUAAGUGCAUGCUCUGACCAUCCCUGUACAUGCCUCAUGCCUCACAAAUGUUCUACUGUGUGUUACCUCUCUGGCCUAGGUCCAGAGCAAACUGGGCACAUAGUUGUAGCUCUACCAUACUACCCCAGAUGGCCACUCGCACACCACCCUUCUCUCACCGGGGUCCCAUUCACUCCAUCAGCUCUCACCCAGCCUCUUUCAUGCUGCCCUCUCUCCUGGGCCACAUUCAUACUGCCUGGCCUCACGCAGCCUUGGGCUGGUCUCUCCAAAACUCAGUCAGCCCCGGUGCAGUCUGUCAGGCAUCUCCCACUGCCCUCAUCUGAACGUUUGCUGAGCGACUCUACAACUGUUAGCCCACUUCACUCCUGGCCCCUCAUUUGGCCUCCAUGCCCCCACUGGGCCUCUUCCCUUUUCACUAUGCCCCUCUCUCUCUGGGUCUCUCUAUCCAUCACUCCUCUCUCUCUGGGUCUCUGCUCAUGCCCCCAGGCUUUACCCUGCUGCCUGGGCGCAGCUCUGGGUCCCUCCUCCAACCUGGACUCUGCUUUACAGCUCCUAAUGAGCCUGGGCUCCCCCUGCUCUGCUGGAACACCACCAGGGAUGUGGGGUUGGGGUUAUAAGGCACCCCUUCCUGCCUUUCACUGGGGAGGUAACUGGUCUGGCAUUUCCUGGGGGCUCCCACACCACUAGGAGCCCCACCAGCCCACCCUUCCCCAGCAGGGUGCAGUUUCAUGUCUUACCCAGGACCACAGGAGCCUCCACCUCCCCAGAGCCCCUUCCCUUAGCUCCAGGUCCCUGAGCAGGAGCUCAGUCAGCUGAUGUUGCUGCUUCCCUUGCUAGCAACCAACUAACCUCUUUAUAUAUCUGGCCUGCACUUGAAAAUGGCUGCCGCAGUCAGCUACCCAGUGGCUACCUGUUUCCAGUCCUUAAAGUGGCAGGUGCACAGCCACAGUCUGCAUUAAGUGGGAUGGUUUCACUGCUAAAGUUCAGGAAACAGGAUACCUCAAGAAGGGGAAGAGCCCAAGGGCAUGUUUUCAAUUAACUGCUCUGCCCAAGACUUUAGACCACAGGGCCAUAUCCAGACAAGCAUGUCCAUGCAGUAUGUGGCACUGAAGACCUGUCUGCAGCAUCACAUACCACACAUUCAGGAGCUUCCCGCACUGCUACCUUGCAGCCCAGGCUGAGCGAGGAAGGUUUGACCCCAGGACAUCUUGGAAUCAAAAAAACCCAUGCAGAAAAAAGUGGGGCAGUGCAUGUGGAAGCAGCAUGCACCACCCAGAACUCGAGCCUAGCCAGCCAGAGCUAUACUCUGGCUGUCAGCCAGGUUCCUAGCUGCAGGAGUGCCACAUCUGCAGCUUCCUGGGCCCCCAGGAUCCCAGGUAAGGCUGCUGAGCCCAUCACAGUUGCCAGCCUCAGCCUCCCCUACCCCACCCCAGGUAACCUGUUGCAUGCCACAGCGUGCUUGGCACAGGCGUUCUCCAAGGAAGGUGUGGCACUGCUAGUUGUCCUUGGGGAACCAAACGCCGGUGCUCAUCUGGAUGUGGCCUGUUUAUGCAAAACAUGCUGAAUAGUUCUUGUACUGUUAUUAAAAAUUUGCUUUCAUAGCUUUUUCUU